AAACCUCACCGUAGCGAAAUGGGCAAGUUGGUGCUGCUGGCUGCUUUCGGCGUAGCUUUAUCGGCUCUGGUGGGAGAACGAAUCAUUGCGCUAAGGAAUCUGUCACUGGCCUCCAGAGAACUCACUAAAAAUCACCUUCCCAACUGUCGGCUGGUUAAAGGAAUAGAAUAUGGAUCUGAAGAUCUCACCAUACUUGAAGAUGGACUGGCCCUUAUAAGCACAGGUCUGAAGUAUCCAGGCUUGCCAUGCAAUCCAGAUGCUGUUGGAAAGAUUGUUGUCCUAAAUAUGCGCUCUGGAGAAAAUCCCAUAGAGCUGAAAAUCGAGGGGGAUUUUGAUGCAAGUUCUUUCAACCCGCAUGGAAUCAGCGUGUAUACAGAUGAAAAAGAUGGCUCCAGAUAUUUAUUUGUUGUGAAUCACCCCCAUAGCAAUAGCCAAGUUGACAUUUUUAAAUUUGUCGAAGAGAAAAACACUCUGCUGCACCUGAAGACCGUAAAGCAUGAAUUGCUGCAUAACGUGAAUGACAUCGUAGCUGUGGGAGUGGACAGUUUCUAUGCCACGAAUGACCACUACUUCACCUUUGAAGUGCUGAAGUUAUUGGAGCUCCUGUUUUCCAUAAGCUGGUGUGAUGUUGUGUACUACAGCCCUGAGGAAGUGAAGUCUGUGGCUGGGGGAUUUCCUUCCACCAAUGGUAUUAAUAUCUCACCCAACAAAAGGUAUUUGUAUGUGUCCGAUAUUAUGAAUCACAGAAUUGCUGUGAUGGAAAUCCAGAAGGACAACACCCUGUCCCGUGUAAAGGAAGUUGCAGUGGGCUCUCUUUGUGAUAACAUUGAAGUGGACAGGGAAACUGGUGAUUUGUGGUCUGGCUGCCACCCAAAUGGAAUGAAAUUCCUUAUCGGUGAUCUGAACGAUCCACCAGGCUCUGAGGUCAUUCGCAUCCAGAAUAUCCAUUCUGAAGAGCCAGUGGUCACACAGGUAUAUGCAGAUGAUGGUAGAGUGCUCAUAGGAUCUUCAGUGGCUGCACCCUACAAAGGAAAACUUCUCAUAGGAACGGUUUACCACAAAACCCUGUACUGUGACCUUAACUAGAAUGUCCACUUAAACAGCUUUGACUGGACAGUGCCAUUGAAGUGAAGGUCUGCUGUCUGUUAAUCUCUUCAAAUCUUUACACAUACUGCAAAUUUAAUAAAAUGUAAAUGAUACAAAAUAAAUUUAAAAUGUAUAUUUUAGAGUUGUUAUCAGGGAUGCACAGUGAUAACAGAAUCAAAAUCCUGUCAGUGGAUAUUUCCAAAAAAAAAGUGAACAGCGUUGGCUUUACACGAUGAAACUUUCAUGCAGCUGUAGUUGAAAUCUACAUGAAACUAAUUUGCAUUCGAGUUACAUACUGUAAUGCAUUGUACAGGUCAGCCGCAACAGUUGCAAGCAUCACAACUUCUAAUCCAUUUGGCAAUAUUCACAACAGCCAAACCAGUUGCCGAUAGUGGAUCAUGUGAUCACGUUGAACAAAGCACUUGCAAACCAUUGAUUUGGCCCAGUCAGUGGACAAGAGAGACCCAACUGCAUUAAUUAGCCAGCUAGCUCUACCAGCUGUUUAAAUGGCCACUUGUGCCAUCGUUUAUUCUUCUUUUUCUAGUAAUCAUGAUCUGCAUAGCUGGAUUCAUUGAUUUCCUUUCUUGAUCGUUAUUUCCUCCCCACAGAGCUCAGAUUCAUUUGGGAUCUAAGUGAUGAUCAUUAUUACAAAAGGGACAAAAAACAAAGCUGAAAACACAGAAAAAUGCUGCAAAUAUGUAAAUUACACCUCAUGGAUGACUUUAUAUAGCGAGAACAAUAGCAUGCAUCAGAACUACGAGUAGCUUAUUUAGCUAACUGGUGGACUGUUGCAUGCAACUUUUGAAUUGCUUCAUGCUGCAGGCAACCCACAUGCAACUAGUUGCAUGUGAGUUGCCUGCAACUUUGAUUGUGAAUUACUUCAUAUUGCAGACAACUCACAACAUGCAACUGGUUUCCUGCAACUUUAAAUGUGAAUUAUUUUGUGCAGCUGUCAAGUUGCACAGAAAUGAAGUUGCAGGCAACUCACAACUUGCUGCUAGCAAUAAAAGAACAUUAGUCAUGGGAAAAAAUUGUCAUUAAAAUAUCUUUGGACAUGUAUUAUUGUAAAAUGGAGAAAGCAAAGGGAUAAGUCUGAGAAGAGAGAUACAAUUUUAGAUCUAUACAGUACGUUUUCUUUUUGAUUUUUUUUCGGUGUUGAAAAAAGUUAUUAAAUGUGAAUAAUCAAAGUUAUUAAAUGAGUAACUCUUUUAAAAUAACUUGCCAUGUCAGUUAUACAGGUUAACCAUCAGAGUACAGUGGUAUGUUGGGAAGUGUAGUUUUAGUGACAUUAAGCCAGACAUAGGCAUAGAGGGUUUUAAACAGCUGUGUAAGGGGGUCUCUGAUGCUGAUUGAUUUUAAAAUCAAUUAUACUUUUUUAGAGAUAUGAAUAAUUAAUAAGAAGACCACUAGAGGGAGCCCACUUAUAUAGAGAAAUGGUACUCUGAUAAAAGCCUAAAGCUUGUUUGCUUGUUUUGUUAAUUUUCCAAUUGUUUACAUAAUUCAGUGUUUGCAAAGAUGUAAAGGGGCAAUCAGAGUUUGAUGUGAAAUGCGCCCUUUCUUUACAGCAGUAGUAAUAGGAACCAGGGAUUGCAAUGUUUACAACAUAAAUAAUUUCAUCAUAUAAAAUAUUUUUGGAAAUGAGAAGGGAUGUACAAUUUUAGAAUUCUAUGUGGUACAAUUAGAUUUUUUUUUUUUUUUUCAUUUUUGAAAAAAAAAAUCAAAGUUAUUAACCCCUUAAAUGUCCAGGGCCCACCACCAGGCCAAGUUUUAUUACACAUAUCUAUCACCUAAGAAUAGCGAUGAAGAGAGCUGGAUUUUAGCUGAGUAGUCAGAUUUUUCAGUGCAUGUAAACUCUGAUUUCUCAGUCUGUGCAUGUUUGAGACAGAUGGUGGUACCAGCAUUGCCGCAAGAUGUCUGUAAAGCACUUUUCGAGCAACGCUGAAACCAAACACGAAAUGAAGGAUUUAAAUAUUCGUCUUCUAGAUGAUGUAUGUUCAUAUUUUCAGGUAAAGUGGCACGAUGUUUUCAAAAAAAGAAGCUGCGACGUGAAGUUUUGAGUUUGUCACAUUUACGUUGCGUCUUCUGUGAGUUUAUUGUUGUAAAUAAGAAAUCUGAUUACUGCCUGACUCAUGUGGACUGGGAGUUUCCACAUGAUCUGAUUAUUCAAGUGCAUCAGAUUGACAAAAUUCUGAUUAUGCGGCUAUUAAAGCACAUAACACCAGUGACACAUAGAAGUUAGGUGCUGCCUGAUAAACAAAAUUAUUAAUAAAUUAAUGAAAUAUAGUGAGUGUGACUCACUUCUCAUGCCGUGAGAUGCCUUCUCUCUGAUGAGCCUCAACCGGAUCGCAUGAAAAAAAUCAGAUUUUCUGCAGUUAUUGGAUUAUUAAGGGCAUGUAAACACACUCAAUGUCUUCUUAUGAGGUGGAUAGGACAAAUCAGCCUUCAGCCACAACAGCAAAGAACUUACUUCAAGGUGGAGAGCGCAGGUAGUGCUGCAUUGGUACAACAAAUGUUUACACUACUCAUGAGACUUAUUUAACCAAGAUAUUGGAAAGAACACAUCUUUUAAAACUGAUCUUUCAAAGUCAAUAAUAAUUCACUACUUUGUCUUGGUUAAUUUUUGUCAUAUAAUGUCAUAAUCAUGAUCUUCGCAACAAGAACAUGGAUAAAAACCCACAUGAACCAACUGAUCUUGCACUUGAAAUGGUCCUAAGAGACCUUACAGCCUGAACGGUCAUAACAACCAAGAUGAGAAAUUUCAUGGCCCUUCUGGUGGUUUCAUGUCACUCUGAAGCGUUUAAUUUGGCUAAUCAAGUUAGCUACCUUGCAUGCUGGUUAGCUUACCUUAUUGACUAAUAUGAAAAAUGUCCUGGACUGUUCUGUGCAAUCACCCAAAUAUCUAACGUUACAUUUACACAGAAUCAUGAAGAAUACAAACACAUUUUUAAGUUUUCUGUAUGAAAAUAUGAGCAAAAUCACCACAGAACUGAAAUGCUAAUAGCAUUAGCUUCUUAACUAGCUUAUGUCACCUUAUGUUGAGCUCUCUACUAAGUAAAAAUGAUCAAAAAUAGCUUUCAAUACAUCAAUUUACUGUCCUGCCUUACAUUCUGGUGUACUUAUUGGGCAAAUUCGUCAACCUGAAGUGCAUAGAAUUUGCUAAAUUGUCGUUAGUUUGGAUUUGUACCACAUGUAGCAGCUCUACCUGCUUUUGGAAAAUGUAAGUAAAAUCUCAUGCGUACUUGGCUACAUUUGAUAUUACAGCCUCAAACACAACAAGAUUUUACCAUUAUUGGCAAUGUUUUGUUGGUUUGAAUUGUUUAUUGUAAACUGUGCCAUACAUUGACUUAUCCACCCAGAUAUAUAUCCAAAUUUUAUGACUACAUACAUUCUGGUUUGAUCUAUACAUAUAAAAGAAUCAAAUCGGACUCAGCUUAGAGGAUCUCAGAUUUCUUUUGGGACCUUGACUGGACAUUUCCUGAUGUUAGACUGAUAACAGCAGUCAUUAAUUUUGUGUGUGUUAUGUUGUAGGCAGAGCAGAAAUGUGCAUUAAAACUGUUUAUUUCUGAUGUAAAACAUACUUGGCACAUAUUGGCUAAUUUCAGAUAUUGUUGAUUGUAAAAGCCAUGGAUGCAGCCAUUACUACUACUAACACUGUGCCAUAUGAGAAUGUAUUUUCUUGAUUUUUGAGCUAAUUCAAGCAGUAAGCAAAGCUAUAUAAGAUGGAUUAUUGAGUGGCAUGUAACCUUGAUAUUACAUUGAUAUGCAAUAUUCAAAUAAAUGAUCUUGCUUUAGUCAUGGUA